CAGAAAAAGAAGCUAUCGGCUGUUUUUGUUGUUGUGGUAGACAGAAGCCCGGUCAGACGUCCAUUUCCCGUUGCCGUACUGCUGCUAAAACCGGAAUUUUAACUGAACUGACAAACAGAUAGCUACUAUGGGUGCCGCUUCGAGCACCGAGGCCGAAAGGGAGCCGCUUCUUGUCCCUUCUCAUGCGGAGACAAACAGUCAGCCAGUAAACAGCAGAGUGUACGGGAGAAGAUGGCUGGUUCUGACCCUGUUCUCCCUGCUGGGACUCAUGCAGGGGAUGGUGUGGAACUUCUGGGGUCCCAUUCAGAACUCGGCCGUUCACGCUUUCGGCUUCAGCAAGUCCGACAUCGCAGUCCUGGUGAUGUGGGGCCCGGUGGGGUUCGUCCCCUGGCUGCUGUUUAUGUGGUUAAUGGAUAAAAAAGGUUUGCGGGCGUCCCUCCUCCUCUCGGCGUUCUUCAUGUUGCUAGGAGCGGCUCUAAGGAGCAUCCCACUGACAGACCACUCUCUCAGACGAUGUAACGUGCGCUUCCUGAUGAUCGCUCUGGCCUAUGCAGUCCCCACAGGAGUGAUUGCUGGCUGGUCGGGGGUCCUCGACAUGGUCCUUACACCAGCCAAAGUCAGCCAGGUGGACGCAGGUUGGAUUGGUUUCUGGUCUAUUGUUGGUGGAUGUGUCUUCGGAGUAGCAAUGGCCAGGUUUGCAGACUCUAUUCGGGGGAUGUUGAAGCUGAUCCUGGUGCUGAUGCUGGCAGGAGCCUCACUGUCCUCUACCUGGUUCACAUUAACUUGUCUGAGCAGAUACACUCACCUCCCCUCUACUGCAGCCAUCCUGUACACGUCCUGCAUCCUGGUGGGCAUAUUCAUUAACAGCAGUGUGCCAAUAUUCUUCGAGCUCUUCAUCGAGACGGUGUAUCCGGUCCCUGAAGGCAUCACUUGUGGAGUAGUCACUUUCCUGGGGAACCUGGUCACCGGCCUGCUCCUCUUCUUCCUCACCUUUUACUGUACAGACCUGUCGUGGUUGAACUGGUGUCUCACCGGCUCCUGUCUCUUCAGCCUGGUCCUCAUCCUCUUCUUCAGGGAGUCGUACGACCGCCUCUACCUGGACGUCUUUGUCUCUGUGUGACACCGCCGGGAACAAAAACAACUUCAUGAUAAAGGACUGAAUCGUUAUUCUUGCACAACCAAGAGGAGAAAAGGGAGAGGAAGGGAAAGUGGAAAGCCCACACUCUUUUAGGAUUUUAAGAUGUAAAUGUAUAUAUUGGUAUACAGUGGUGAUGGAUUUCUGUUGUAUGGCUGCCGAGAGAACCAAGAAGUGACUCUACACCAAUGUUUACUCUUAUAAGUGACACGAUGCCAUAGGACUGUUCAUUACCUGUUUUUAUUUGUCUUUUUGUUUGUAAACAAACCUGUGAACGGUUUAAUUCUCUUAACCAGGCACGGCACGAUGGACUGUUAAUAGUUGUUGUUUACAGAUUAUAUAAUAUUUAAAGUUCUGUGUCGCCCCCUGUGGCAGCUCGGUUCGCCUUCUUUGACAGUGUCUCAAGUAACUCGACGUUGACUCAAAGCUUACAAGCCGGAUUCUGCGCCGACUCUGGAUCAGCCUCAGGGUGUCGGCCCCCCCAACCCACUAACAAGGAAGUAGAGAGUGAUAACAGGACAGCUUCAUCGGCCAAUCAGCAGGCCUGACUGUGCUGAGUCGGGGCUAAAUGAGUGACCUCUCAAUGUUUUAGUGCUGCUCCAAACCCCCGGCUGGGGAGGCUUAACUGGCCCGACACUGUUAAGUGACCUGUGAUACUGACUGUCAUGGCAGGUACUUAUAUAUUAUGUUUUAUUGCCCUCUCAAGACGAAUAUUAUGCAAAAAUGAUCCACCAGAUUUGUGAUUGGAUGCUGGCCAGAGACGUGGGCCGGGACUGGAUAAACCUGCGCUUGUGUUCCCCCACCAAUGAACUGUUCAUGUAAAAGAAGCUGAGUCAUCUGAAUUGUUUCAACCUUCACAUUUCAGAAGUUGUUCAGCCUAUUUAUGGUUAAUUGUGUCAAUUUCUGGGAGCAUUUUAAUCUAACUAAAUAAUGUUCAUUUGUUUUUUACAGUUUUUUAAAAAUUGUUUUCCUCUGUAGCCUGCCAGUAUUUAUUGGAAAUGUCUCAACACUAACGGAGUUAACACUUAGUUUCACUGAAACAAGAUGUUUUGUGGUGAUUUUUAAACCCCUGCUGAGGCACACUGAGGGAGAUUAUUUGAUUCUACAGAGAUGAAGAUUAUGUUGCGUGAUUGCCAAGCUGCUCCUCCUCCAAAGCACCAGCAGGUGUCUCUGCGCCAACUGAGGGUUUACUGACAAAAACAAAAAUCUGAAGGGAAAAGGAAAAGGAAGUUACGAUUUUCUUGGAUUCCUUGACUAAUAAAACUGGAGCUGUGACAAAAAAAACAGCUCCAGAUCUGGAGGGAGAUAAAUAUGAAGAAACGCACUAAGGCAAAUGAAAAACAUCUGUCACUUUCAGACCAUUUUUUUCUUCUCUUUGUGUCAUUGUCUCUGCACAGCAGCUAUAAGAAGUGUUUUAAUGUGUUUUCCUCUGGGGAUUCGAAGAGGCUCUAUAAUGUUUUUCCUGGUGCUUUUUAUUUUAUUUUUUACUCUCCUUGUACAGAAAAGGUUGUCUUUUACCUUUUGACGUGUUGCCUUAAUUGCCCAGUGCAGUGCGUUCAGCCUCCCUCUCUUCCACACUGUGACUAUUUUAUCUGUAUAUAUUGUUGAAGGUCAUGUUCUUCGGUUCCACAGCACACACUCUGUGGUUUCCUGGGCUUUGGGUUAUACAUGUCCUUGUUCUGUGGAAAGAAAAAAGUGCAAAUGUGACUAUUUCCAGCACCUUAUAAAAAUAAAACUUUUAAGAAUAA